AUGCUUCCCACUCUUCCGGCAGACGGCUCAAUCCUGGUCGUAUCGGCCCUCGCGUACUGGCGACCGAAAUGGAUGGGCGGCAACCGACGUCCGGAGCGCGGCGACCUCGUCACUUUCCCCUCGCCCAGCAACCCGGAGUAUGCCGUGUGCAAGCGCGUCGUCGGAUUGCCGGGUGAUAUUGUCGAGGUUGAGCCGAGGCGGUCUGACGACGAUCCGGGAUGGCUCGCGGGACAUGUUGUUGAGAGGAGGGGACAGGGGGUGUUCAUCAAGGGCCACGUUUGGGUCGCGGGCGACAACAUGAGCAACUCCAUUGACUCGCGGCAUUACGGACCAGUGCCGAUUGCGAUGAUUCGAGGCAAGGCGACGUACGAUGUGAGUGUAGGCGGGAGUGAUGCCGCUGGUGUGCAGCCGAGGACUUGCACCAAAGCGACAGGGCCUCCCUAUCCGAGGCUGCUGUAUAUCCUCACCUCGAGCCGGUCGUUGAAUGUCGAGGUGUUGAGCCUUUCAGCGGAAGCUGCCCAGUGGCAACAAUAA